AUGACCACUAUCUAUUCAAUUGAAUCAAGCGUCGAUGCGGAGUCUCAAGUAGGCGAGUUAGGGAAGAAAGUAAAAGCUUUCGAGAAAAAUGCCGACAAGGAGGAAAACGUUUCCAAAUUCGAAUGGGUCCUCCUCCCAGUUGGGCUAAGAGUUGUGGCGAUUCGACACAAUGCGACGAAUCUCUACGUUGCGAUGAAUAGUUCGGGCCAGAUUUAUGCGACAGAACAGUUCGGAAAAGAGUGCAAGUUUAAAGAAAACGUGUUUGAAAACUACUGGUGCAUUUACUCGUCGAUAGAGUUCAAAGACCCAGAAUCGAAUAAACUUUACUAUUUCGGGAUGAACAAAAAAGGCAACCCUAUUCGAGGAAAAAAGAGCAAAAAAACAAAACCGUCGUGCCACUUCAUUCCUCGGCCAAAGAAAAUGGUGAUGAUGAAGGUGCCCUCGAUCUGGGAUUUCCCAGCUAUCGGCGACGAUAGCCACAAAUCUGGCUUGGCGACUGGUCGGGCGAGCAUCAGUGCUUUGAAACAAGAAAAGGCUGAGCCAAGGGCGAUUGAAGGCACAUCAGCGAGCGACAUGGCAUGA